AUGGAGAAAAACGUGGGAUUCAUAGGGCUUGGGGCCAUGGGUUCCCCAAUGGCGUUCAACGUUCGGAAAAAUAUGCCGCCAGAUGCCACGCUCUUUAUCUACGACGUCCUUGUGGAUCCAGCUGAGAGACUAAAAGCCGCCUGUGAAACUCUUGGGCCUGUCAAAAUCGCCAAAAGCCCACGCGAAGUAGCCGAAAACGCUUUGACAAUAAUAUCGAUCGUGCCAGCCGCCCAGCAUGUGAAGGCAGUAUAUCUAGAUGCGGACUCCGGGGUCACAGCAGCAAAAGAUGCCACAGAUGUGCCAACCAACUCUAGGCGCAUCUACCUUGAGUGCAGUACAAUCGAUAUUGCUACUGCAACAAGUGUCGGCAAUUCACUCAAGCAAGCUGGGAUGGGAACAUACGUCGACAGCCCAGUUUCUGGUGGUGUCCCCGCUGCAGAAAGAGGUGCACUAUCGUUUCUACUAGGUCUUGACAGCAACAGCAAGGACCGAUCGUCGAGCGACAGAGUACUCUCCACAGCCCACUAUAUGGGAAGUCCGAGCAAGAUAUUUCACUGCGGUGGCCUUGGCAAGGGGUUAGCAGCCAAGCUCUGCAAUAACUACCUGUCGUGCACGUUCUUGCUUGCUAACUCAGAAGCCAUGGCGACUGGCCUAAGACUCGGGCUAGAUAAGCAUGUGUUACACAAGGUGAUACACGAGUCGACGGGUCAAAACUUUAUGCUGGAUCAUGUCUGCCCAGUGCCGGAUGUAGUGCCGCAUGCGCCGAGUAGCAACAACUAUAAGCUGGGCUUCAAAGCCGAGAUGCUGGUCAAAGAUGUUGGCCUUGCUGUCGACGCCGCUAAUAGUGUGGGCAUAAAGCCAACUAUUGGCGAAGCCGCCAUGAAUGUGUAUAGGCAAGUGGCUGUAGACGAAGAGUACCAGGGCAGAGACGGCUCGAUUGUUUACAAAUUCCUAGGUGGACCAGACAAUUAG